GCGGGGAAGCCGCCAGAGCGCGACCGCCGCGGCAGCCACCUUGCAGCCGCGAGUCGGAGGCACAAUCCCUAGGCCCUGGAGCCCGGGCGGGCCCCUGGGGAGUCGGCGCCCCACCCGGAGAGCUGCCAGGCCCGCCCCUGCCCGGCGCGGAGGGCGCGGAGUGCCUUGCUGCUCAAAGAAGGGUCUGCAGACCAGGAGCAUCAGCCUCACUUAUUAGAAAUGCAGAAUCUCGGGCCUCACUCCAGACCUGCUGAAUCAGAAUCUGCGUUUUAACGAGAUUCUCAGGAUAUCCCUGGUGAUCUUGGAGGAGUCCGUAUCAUGGAAUCGAUCUCUAUGAUGGGAAGCCCUAAGAGCCUUAGCGAAACUUUUUUGCCUAAUGGCAUAAAUGGUAUCAAAGAUGCAAGGAAGGUCACUGUAGGUGUAAUUGGAAGUGGGGAUUUUGCUAAAUCUCUGACCAUUCGACUUAUUAGAUGUGGCUAUCAUGUGGUCAUAGGAAGUAGGAAUCCUAAGUUUGCUUCUGAAUUUUUUCCUCAUGUGGUAGAUGUCACUCAUCAUGAAGAUGCUCUAACAAAAACAAAUAUAAUAUUUGUUGCUAUACAUAGAGAACAUUACACCUCCCUGUGGGACCUAAGACAUCUGCUUGUGGGUAAAAUCCUGAUUGAUGUGAGCAAUAACAUGAGGAUAAACCAAUACCCAGAAUCCAAUGCUGAAUAUCUGGCUUCAUUAUUCCCGGAUUCCUUGGUUGUCAAAGGCUUUAAUGUUGUCUCAGCUUGGGCACUUCAGUUAGGACCUAAGGAUGCCAGCCGGCAGGUUUAUAUAUGCAGCAACAACAUUCAAGCUCGGCAACAGGUUAUUGAACUUGCCCGUCAGUUGAAUUUUGUUCCCGUUGACUUGGGAUCAUUAUCAUCAGCAAAGGAGAUUGAAAAUUUACCCUUGCGACUCUUUACUCUCUGGAGAGGGCCAGUGGUGGUCGCCAUAAGCCUGGCCACGUUCUUUUUUCUUUAUUCCUUUGUCAGAGAUGUGAUCCAUCCGUAUGCUAGAAACCAGCAGAGUGACUUUUACAAGAUUCCUAUUGAGAUUGUGAAUAAAACCUUGCCCAUAGUUGCCAUUACUUUGCUGUCCCUGGUAUACCUAGCAGGUCUCCUGGCAGCUGCCUAUCAGCUUUAUUACAGCACCAAGUAUAGGAGAUUUCCACCUUGGCUGGAGACCUGGUUACAGUGUAGAAAACAGCUUGGAUUACUAAGUUUUUUCUUCGCUUCGGUCCAUGUUGCCUACAGCCUCUGCUUACCAAUGAGAAGGUCAGAGAGAUACUUGAUUCUCAACAUGGCUUAUCAGCAGGUUCAUGCGAAUAUUGAAAACUCUUGGAACGAAGAAGAAGUUUGGAGAAUUGAAAUGUACAUCUCCUUUGGCAUAAUGAGUCUUGGCUUACUUUCCCUCCUGGCAGUCACCUCCAUCCCUUCAGUGAGCAAUGCUUUAAACUGGAGGGAAUUCAGUUUUAUUCAGUCUACACUAGGAUAUGUCGCUCUACUCAUAAGUACUUUCCAUGUUUUAAUUUAUGGAUGGAAACGAGCUUUUGAAGAAGAGUACUACAGGUUUUAUACACCACCAAACUUUGUUCUUGCUCUUGUGUUGCCCUCAAUUGUAAUUCUGGGUAAGAUCAUUUUACUCCUUCCAUGUAUAAGCCGGAAGCUAAAGAGAAUUAAAAAAGGCUGGGAAAAGAGCCAAUUUCUAGAAGAAGGUAUUGGAGGAGGAGUUCCUCAUCUCUCACCAGAGAGGGUUACAGUAAUGUGAUGAUAAAUGGUGCUCACUGAUGCCAUAUGGAGUUCUACUCACACCAUUAUUUUUUUGAAUUCCUUUAUAUUCAGUUGCAAGUGCAGUGUCAAAUUGCUGUGGGCUGAAACCUGUUCACUGAGAUCUCAACCGAAUGAGUGGUAGAAUUUUCUUCAAAUUAAUUUUCACAAAUGUCAUAUAUUUUGUCGAUAUAAUUUUUGUAGUCAACUUGUUGAAAUUUAGGUAUGUUUUGUUUUGUACAACUGUAACACUAUUGUUAUUUUAACAAACUAUAUUCCAUAAUCAAGCAAAAAUAUUAUAGUUAAUAAUAUAGAUAGAACAUAAUGUUAAAAAAACUUGGCAAACCAGCAGAAUUUUAAGUUUUAAUAUAAUUCAAUGGAUAUAUGUUUUUUCUGAAGCUUAAAUAAGGUUUUAAUAUUUAUCCAGCUUAA